CUGUGGCGCGCUGCGCAGCUCAAGUUGAAGGCUACUGAUCUCCACCACGACACUUGAGGGAAAGCUUAAACUGCAUUCUGAAAGGCAAACAAUGAAUUAUUCAAACGCAUGAACUGCAGCAGUCGCGUGUGCCACACGGUUCAAGCCGCACAACGUUAGAUAUUAGUGAACAAAAACCUUAUAUUGCGCAGCGACGACAGCGCACGGCGCACAGGGACAGAUCAUGCACUGUCAAGCCGAGUUGAGGCUCUCCUCCCCCGGACAGCUGAAGGCUGCCAGGCGGCGCUACAAGACUUUCAUGAUUGAUGAGAUCCUCUCCAAGGAGACUUGUGAUUAUUUUGAGAAACUUUCACUCUACUCGGUGUGUCCUUCGCUUAUUGUGCGGCCGAAGCCUCUUCAUUCAUGCUCGGGCUCCUCGUCACUACGCGCCUACCCUCUCCUCUCGGUGAUCACGCGGCAGCCCCCCAACCUGCCCUUGCACCUCCCUCAACCGUCAUCUCCGGGCGGGGUCCCCUCACACCUGCUCUCCCCGCAGCAUCCACGAGGCUCCGAGCCCUCGCCCAGCCAGACGCCCCUCAGCAUCAGCAGUGAGUCAGAAACAGAGCGCAGCACGCCCCGCCUGAAGAAGCCACGGCGUAGCCGCACCAUCUUCACUGAGCUGCAGCUGAUGGGCCUGGAGAAGAAGUUCCAGAAGCAGAAGUACCUGUCCACACCUGAUAGGUUAGACCUGGCCCAGUCACUUGGUCUCACACAGCUCCAGGUGAAGACAUGGUACCAAAACAGGCGUAUGAAGUGGAAGAAACUGGUGCUCAAAGGAGGUCACGAGGCCCCGACUAAGCCCAAGGGAAGACCCAAGAAGAACUCAAUUCCUACCACGGAGGAAAUAGAGGCUGAAGAGCGGAGAAUGAGGGAGGAAGAGGAAAGGAUGAGGAGCGCGACGAAGGAGGCGGUGCUAGCUCACGGGGGAGAUGCGUCUCAGCUUGAACCUCAAGAUCUCAGCUCAGAAACUCACAAUCCGAGUGCGGCGGUCGAGGGAUCUGAGCGAGAGCCGACACUCCCCAUGCAGUCAGAGACUCGCGCAGCCAGCUAAGCAAGAGCAAAACCAAAGACUGAUGCCAACCUGAAAACAAAUAGUGCCUCAGGAUCACUGUAAAAAGCCUGUGUGGUGUGUAGAGCCAUUUGCUUUAGGGAUUUGACUGGAAACAUAUUGCUGGAACCCAAUCUUUACCUAAUGUAGCCUUUUUAUUGUUUUGGUGUAUCAGAAAAUGUACCGUACAAAGAGCUAAAAUGCAUAGACACUGGUUGCACUGGUAAAAAUCUGGCCUUUAAAAAGUGUAUUUGAGCAGGUCCCUGGUAUAAGGAGUGUAAAUCUGUCCAGUCCAAGCAGGUCAGUCAAAGCAAAACACCACAUCACCUUACUGUGCAUUACAACCAUGAACGAUCACACACACCACUGACCCUCCAAGCUGCCUCACAUAGUGCAUGUGCCAAAAAAGACAAGAUCUGCCUUACUGUACUUUCUCUAUGUAUCUCUGUAUUAUAAGCCACUUCACUGCCAAAAACUAUCAUAUUAAAUGGCUACAGUGCCUUGUUGGUCUCAGAGGAAAGCUUUUAAAGUGUUGAUAAAAUAACUAUAAAAUGCAAGUAUAUUUUUUACAGUGAUUUUUCAUUACAUGUGCCGUUUUUUGGAGACAGAGUUGUAAAGUUUUGAAGAGCACUUCUGUGUUUACAUUGGAGUUCCUCUGCAGCUUUAAGGUGCAAAAAUGUGUUCACUAUUUGGUCAGUAAAGCUUGCAUUUUUAUUUUUUUUCAAUCUGAAAAGUCAAUAUUUCUGCCAAGCCAUACACUGUAUUAUACUGUAGAAAUGUGUACAAAGUAUAAAAUAUAUGGUCUUUUCGGAUAUAUAUGUAAAACAGUAUUUUUACCGCUGUUUUAAAUUGGAUUAAAUAGUUUGUAUGUACAAUGUUACUGCCGUCCCUGAUCUUUUUUCUCCUUUCGUGGGAGUCGGGAUGACUCUGCUUUCUGCCACGAGGCCACUAAGACUCUUAAGCUGUCAGAGAUUCUCAGAGGGAAUAAAUCAUAGCCUGUGCCAAAGAUGCACAGCAAAUGCUGAACAUUUAAAAUCUCGAAGACCUUUUCAGCCUGCAGGCUUCGCAUAAGUACCCCAAUCAGUAUGUUAGACUUGCAUUAACAUAACACUGUCUUCAACUGCCUGUCACCGACUUCUCCGUACACUUCCAGCUCUAUUUUCUUUCCUUGCAAAGAUUUGUAAUUAAAGAGUUUCCCUUUUUUGAAUUAUACAGAUUUAUUUUUAUUUGUUAUUGUUUCAUAUGAAAAGUGCAGUAUUUUUCUGAUGUAAAUAAUAAUACUUGUUUGGUAAGCUUGUUUGCAGUUUUUUUUUUAGGUUUGUGUACAAUCAUUUUUACUAUAUACGAGUGUGUGUUUAUGUAUUUAAAUGCACUUAAUAAAAUAGCAAUCAUUUAAAUUCCAUCUGGUAUUAUUUGCUGCAACUGUCCUGGUUUUGCAUGCUCUGUAUGCAACCGGAUAUUCUAACAAACUGU